AUGCAUGCUCUGGACGAGUAUAUCACUGAUAUAUCAGAAGCCUACCGGGAUGAUGGGCCUUUUUCGCCCGAAUUUUUAGUGCCACUGCUGUCCAUAGGUGUGAUAGCGAUGACCAUACCCACACUUUUAGCGCUAGUGUUCUGGCGAACGGCACCGUAUGGCAGAUACAGCGAGAAAACUGGCUGGGGUGUCCUGAUUCCGCCUACUCCUG